AUGACACGCCGUGCGCCAGAGCCUGGGCAGUGGCGUGCGCCCGGUCAGAGACAAGCAGAGUAUGCCGACGACGCAGCGCAUGCCUCCGCGACGCCAUCUCCGCACCUCUCUGUGCCGAAUAGCGAGACGUCAGACACACCCACGAGCCAGACGCGCACGCAGAGCGUGUCUGCCCUGCCGGACGUCUGGCGCUCACAGCUGUCUCUCUCUUCAGCGCUGUCGAGUAUCACGCAGGAAGCAGUGUCGCUGCACCCAGGCACGUCCAGUGUGCCCCGGCACAGUGCGCCGCACGUCCUGCUGACGCAUGACACAUCGCCGCGGUCAUUUUCGUCCGCUCACUCGUCGCCCCUGCACGGCACGCAGCGCCGCGCCUCGUAUGCGCACGACCCGCUGGGGCAGCGCCGCGGCAGCGAUACAUUCAGCGCCUCAGGCGCAGGGGCUGCGUCCUCGCUGUGGUCACCGAUCGACGACCCGAAACUGGCGUACCGGCGCAGCACACUUCACAUCGGCGACGUCAUCCCAUCCAUCGCACCAGGGCCCUGGCCGCGGCGCAUGUCAUCGCGACGCAUGUCGUGGGACGACGCCGAGCCGCCCGUAGACGUCGAGCCGCCCGUGCCGAUGCCACCGCCCCAGCCGAGGCCCCCGUCGCCCUGGUUCUACCUCGAUCCCUUUUCGCAAUACCGCCCGCUGCCGAUGACUUGGCCAAUGCCCGAGCGGGCCUUUGUGAUCAAGAGCUUUACCGCCAUUGACGUCCAGCUAUCCGUCACGCACGGCGUAUGGACGAGCACGGAAAAGGGGAACCACCGCCUCAACAAGGCCUGGAUGCGGAGCAGCCAGCGCGGCCCCAUCUAUCUCUUCUUCUCAGUCAACGGCAGCGGCCGAUUCUGCGGCGUGGCACAAAUGGUAUCUGGACUAGACUACACACAAAGCAGCAAUAUCUGGGCAGAGGGCGACCGCUGGAAGGGGCUCUUCCACGUACACUGGCUCAUACUCAAAGACAUUCCCAAUGCACGGCUGCGGCACAUGACGCUCCUGAAUACGGCAGAGCGGAAACCUAUUACACAAAGCCGCGACACACAAGAACUGCUGCCAGAGGCGGCGACAGAGCUGCUGCACAUAUUUCAAACGCACCAGAGUGUCUCAUCGCUUUUUGCCGAGCAAGAUCAUCUGCCGCCCUAG